AUGGCUGAUAUAGAUAUGAUUGAUCCAAACGAAAGUGCCAUCAAAGUGAUGGACAGUGCKUUGGACAGUAAUGCGACAAUAAAUAUGACUGCCGAUGAUAUUAGAGAAAUGUUAAAACAAUUUCUCAAUCAUCCCGAUUAUCUGUACGACAAAUGGGUCCGCAAUCUAAUCAUUAUAUGUUUUUACUGUACUAUUGUUAUCAUCUCAUUGUUUGGAAAUCUGAUGGUCUGUUAUGUGAUAUUCAAGAAGAGACGUAUGAGAACAGAGACAAACCUAUUGAUGGCUAAUCUGACGGUAUCUGACAUUGUUAUGACAGCCAUUAACAUACCAUUCAAUGUGACCCGAAUUCUAAUGGAUGACUGGCUAUUUGGACAUACACUUUGCAUACUCUUACCAUUGAUCCAGGUCACAUCAGUGUAA